GGUUAUGCAAAUGGGGACAACAAUGCAAAUGGGAACAACAACAAAUGGAAAUAUUACUGGAUUAUUUAGUUUCAAUAAUAAUUCUACAAAUACUGCUGGAAUUACUUCGGCACAUUGUCAACAAUUGGAUGAACCUUUUGAGCUAGAAGAGGGAGGAAGCCGUAAAAGUUCUGAUGAAAAAUUAAGACGUCGCUAUCCAUCUCGCUCAAUCUCUAAUACAUUGGACGAUGACGACAACAACGCGGAAUGCCAUGUUGCCUUUACUGUGGCCACAAGUGUGUUAAGUCUUUCCUAUCCUUCUUCAACAACAUUUUCUCCUUCAACUUCUCAAUUAAAUUCUUCUCAACAACAAAAACUACAAACACAACAGCAACCAAAGCUUUCCAACUUUUUUCAAAAAAUUCCAACGACUAAAUUGACGGAAAAUGGAAGAGGAGGAGAGAAAGGAAAUUUAGAAGAACUAUUUUCUUCUGAUGAAUUGUAA